UUCUUAAAAUAACCCGGAAGAACUACAAAAGGGAUAUUGGGAUUGGCCAUCUGUGGUUACUAAGUGACCGUCAGUUUAAAUUUCUUAACCAAGCGGCGUUUUAAAAUAAGAACCACCCAUAAAGAACACGCAGGGGAAAAUUCUCCUUGUUAUUUUGUAGCGGCAAUUGCUUGGUAACUAACCUAGCUGAUUGACUUUAGUUUAAAAAGUACAGUAAGUUAGCCUACUGUACCAGCAGGUUGGUUGCUUAUUUCUGACCACUAGCAAGAUGUCUGGCGUUAAAGAGGAGGUCAUCUCUUCGGACGAGAUGCGAAAGAGACUGUACAAGACGUUUAAGAAUCGAGGUGUACUUGACACUUUAAAGACCCAGCUUCGGAACCAGCUGAUCCACGAACUGAAGCACCCUGUUCUGAGCAAAGAGGGCCCCGUAAGACCCCUCUUACCGGACCCGGAAUCGGUACUAUUCGCAGCCUCUAACAGUAUGGUUGCGGAUCACCUUCAGAGCGCAGGCUAUGAGUACACGUUAUCAGUGUUCUACCCAGAGUGCGGACUGGACAAGAGCAAUGCAUUUUCUUCGAGAGACCUCCUUCAGCUCAUGAAGAUCAGUCCACAGUCACCGUUUUACAAAUCGCUGGCAUCAAGCAUUCAGAAUGAUAACCAAAAAGGUUUCCUCAUGAAGCUGCUAAUUGAGCUGUCAGACCAUCAUGCACAGAGGGAGCGCUGUCAUGCCCACACUCAGACCAGCACCUCCCCGCCGUACAGAGAGUCCCUUGUGGAGAAGAUGCAGGUCAUAGACGAGGAGUACGCGGCCAUGCAGCACAAAGGCCAGAGGUGGGAGUCUCUAGAGGCCAAGAUGGCGGAGUUCAGGAAGGACGCGCAGACACAAGCUGAGGAGGAGAUGAAGGCAAAGCUGCAGCAUUUUAAAGACGUGGAGCUGGCGAAGAUGAGGCUGGAGGAGCAGGAGAAGUGCCGUAAGGAGGUCCAGGAGCUGAGGAAGGACUCCGAGAGGACCCACCAGCUCAAAUCCCAGGCCCUGAUCAGCAGGGAGAAAAACGCCAUUGAGAGGCUGCAGAAACAGCAGGAGAUUGAAGAGAAGGAGAUCUACAUGCAGAGACAGCUGGUGCUGAAGGAGAUCGAGGCCCUGCGGAACAGAGAGGCGGACCUGAGGCAGAGGACGGAGGCUUUUGAAAAGGCUUGUAAGCUGCAGCAGGAUAACACCAGGACCACAGAGGAGCUACUGGGACGCAGAGAGCUGGCAGUGAAAACUCUGGAAGAAACCUACGACCAGAAGCUGAAGAACGAACUCACCAGACAUCAGCUGGACCUGAAAGAAGAAUAUCUCCAAAGAACCCAGAGAGUCACGGAGGAUGAGAAGAAAAAUAAAGAGGAGAAGCUCCGCCUGCAGAGGGAUGCCUCCUCCAUCGAGGCGAAGACAGAGGACCACAUGAGGGCCUGUGCUGAACUGCAGAGGCUGCAGGUUUCUCAGGAGACCACCCUGGCACAGGUAGCCCUGCUGACUCAGCAGAACCAGCUGCUGAAGGAGAGGCUGGAGGCCAUGAGCGACUACCCGUCACUCAAACGGGAGAGGGUGGAGCUUCAGGCCCAGCUCCGCCUCCUGAAGAGGACCCUGGAGGAGGUGCAGGAGGAGAACCAUCAUCUGAGAACUGACCUCCGCAAGCCCUCGCAGGAGCAGCUGGUUCUGCAGGCCGAGCUGAGGCGGCAGCAGAACGCCCGGACGCUGGACCAGGAGGAGUUCCAGAACCAGAGGCAGAUCCUGCAGGUCCAGCUGCAAACCGAGGCGGGGCGCUGUGCUCAGCUGAAGGCCGAGCUUGCGGAGUGUGAGGACCGGACGCAGCGCCUGACGUCCCACGCAGACGACAUCAAGAUGCAGCUCCGGCAGACGCAGCUGGCCCUGGAGAACGAGGUGCUCCGUUGCCCUAAGCCCUCCCUCGUGGACCGCUCCGUGCUGGAGCUGGCCCCUGAUAGGCUGGUGCCCCCUGAUGUCUAUGUGGACCCUGCGGUUCUGCCAAUCCGGGCCCAGGAACCCCACGAUGCCCCCUGGCCCCGGCCCCCCUCCCCCGCCCCGGACGGCGAGCUGCUUGCGGGCGCCAAGGCUCGCAUCCGCCAGCUGGAGCGGGAGGCAGAGUCUCUGGAGGAGGCGUACCGGAGCUACCAGCAGAGGGCGCUGCGAUCGGCGCUGUCCGUCAUCCAGCCACCUCGCCCCCUCUCCCCCACCAAGCCCCGCCACCGAGCGCCCCCUCCCCCCACCCACGCCCCUGUCCCUGUCCCCCAGGCCAGGGUGACCUUUGACCCAGUCCCCCAGGCCAGGGUGACCUUUGACCUAGUCCCCCAAGCCAGGGUGACCUUUGACCCAGUCCACCAGGCCAGGGUGACCUUUGACCCAGUCCCGGCCCUGUUCUCCGAUUUCGGGAGCAGCCUCCCUUUCGAGCGCCCGUCCCCUGACUGUGGCUCCUCCCCCCCAAGACGUCUGUCAUCAACGCCCCUGUCAGUCACCCGGAGGCUGAUCACACACGGCGCACAGGAAGAUGCGCGGUCUCCUGCUGUAACUUUUCGGGGCCUGUCGCCUGAGCGGCAGCUGUCGCCCAUACCCCACAGCCAAUCAAGCGCAUCACCAACACCCCACAGCCAAUCAGGCGCAUCGCCCAGCAGCCUGCCUGGAAGCCCCGCCCUAAAGAGUACGGCUCGAGAGCCGAUCAGUUCAGAAAGAGCUCAGGACGUCCUGUCCAGCUCCAGCUCCAGCCCUUCCCCUCCUGAAAAAAUAACCCUGGAUGAUCUAACGGAGCCGUCCGAAGGCCUCACCCACAUUCCAGAGCCGCACCAAGACCCAGCCAAUCAGCUGGCUGAAGAGCUAGAGCGUGGGCAGAGCCCAACCCUGACAUCACUGACUAGGCGGAGCCUAACCCCAACAUCCCCACGUGUGCGCAGUGCCACCCCCCCAGUGGUCGUGGGGUCCCCCUCUGACCCAAACCCCUCUGUGCAUUGGCAGGAAGCCCAUCAGUCACCUAGCGAAGAGGGCAGUGGGCCAGACAGAGAGGAUGAGGAGGAAGAGGAAAGGGAGGAGGAGAGGAAGAGGAGGCAGGAGGAGAGACAGGAGGCCCUGGAGAGGCUGGAGCAACAGAAGCUCCUGGCAGAUCAGCAGCAGGAACAGGAAGUGAUGUCAGCUUUGCAGGGCGGGCAGCAGGAGCAGGAGCAGGAGCAGGAGGGGGAGGGGGAGGAGCUGGGCCAGGAUUGGACGUCCAGUGCCGACCCUCUGCAGAAGUACAUGAGGCUGGUGAUGCAGGGAAAGAGUCCAAGAAAAGAGGAAAGAGUGGGGACCCCAGAGGCAGAAAUUUUGUCAGAGGAGAAAGAAAACAGCAUCUUGGCGUUCUCACACGACGAUCCUGAGGAAGAUUUCUGGUGAAGCUCAAACGCAAGGAAGGAGUUUUGUUUCGUGGGAAUUUUCCUCCUUUAUAUUCCACUUCAACUUUUAUAUCUUCUUUUUAUUUUAUGGCCCACUACCCCCCCCCCCCAAGCAAGGAUGGCUAUAUUUAUACACUUACAAUAAUACAAUAAAUGAAAUGUUUUUACAGUAUGUACUGGCCACUGGGAGGGUCUGCCUGUGACCCCCUGUUUUUUUACUGUGUUUUGUUGCAAUGUUAAACGAGUGCUGAAUAAAUUCUGUAAAUUACACACUAAAUAACUUCUGAAUGGAUAAAAUGAAGGUGAUUAUUUUUGUAUGUAGAUUUCCAGUGAUUAUCAAGAUAUUCAGAAAAAUGUCAGUUGCACCCUAAUAAAUGACAUUAAUUUAAGAAAA